GCGGGGAGCGCACGGGGGCCUCCCCCUUCGCGUGCGGCGGCGGGUGCAGCAUCCUCGAGCCCGGGAGGCCGAGAACAAAGGCUCCGCGCCAGCCCUGGCGGCUCCACCUGCGCCCAGCGGAGAUGGCGUCCCUGGGCUUAGGGGGGCUUAACGUCUCCGCCCGCAGGAAGAGCGUCCCCUCUCGCAACGCUGCGGUGGAAAGGCGGAACUUGAUCACGGUCUGCAGGUGAGCCCCCGGGCCCUGCCCUGCCCGAGGGGACCGUGCCUCUCCUUCUCUCACCGCUCUGGCCGUGGGCAGCCCUGCCCGAGGGGACCGACCGCGCUGCCACCGCCGCCCCACGCAGGUUUUCAAUCAAGACUCUGAUUGACCGUUCAUGUUUUGAGACUAUAGAUGAUACUUCCCCUGAAUUUAAUAACUUUGCAGCCAUUCUGGAACAGAUUCUAAGUCAUCGACUGAAAGGUCAGAUCACCUGGUUCGGCUAUGAAAGUCCUCGUAGUUUCUGGGACUACAUUCGAGUAGCUUGUCGAAAAGUAUCUCACAAUUGCAUCUGCAGUAUUGAGAACAUGGAGAAUGUCGGUUCUUCUAGAGCUAAGGGUCGAGCCUGGAUCAGAGUAGCACUUAUGGAAAAACAUUUGUCUGAAUAUAUUUCCACAGCUCUGAGAGACUUCAAAACAACCAGGAGAUUUUAUGAGGAUGGAGCAAUUGUUCUUGGUGAAGAAGCAAAUAUGCUUGCUGGCAUGCUCUUGGGACUCAAUGCAAUUGAUUUCAGUUUUUGUCUGAAGGGUGAGGGAUUGGAUGGCAGCUUUCCAGCUGUCAUAGAUUAUACACCGUACUUGAAGUUCACCCAGAGUUCUGACAGCAUCAGCAGUGAUGAAGAAGAGCUAAGAACGCUGGGCAGUAGUGGCAGUGAAGGCAGUACUCCAGAGAACGUUGGUCCUCCUUUCAUCACGGAUGAAAACAGUUGGUACAACAAAUGCAAAAGGGUAGAACAGAAGUACCGGCUUGCAUUGGAACAGAAGGGUUACCUCGAGGAAUUGGUACGACUCAGAGAAAACCAACUAUCUGAAUCUGUCUCACAGAAUAAACUGCUGUUACAAAGAAUUGAAGAUAUGGAUCUAACCCAUAAAAUGGAGAAGGAACAGCUGGAAUUUAUCAUUGUGGAACUGCAAGACCAGUUGACUGUGUUAAAGAACAACGACUUGAGAUCAAGACAAGAAUUAACUACUCACCUCACCAAUCAGUGGCCUUCCCCAGGAGCUCUGGAUGUCAAUGCUGUUGCCUUGGACACUCUGCUCUAUAGAAAGCAUAAUCAACAAUGGGAUGAGAAAAGUUUUCAAAGUCUGGACCAGCUUUCAGCAGACGUCAGUCUUUCUCAGUCCUCUCUGGAUCCAGGUCACUCACAGGAUGGGAAGCAGGAUAGAAUGAACUUGUUAAAUGAAGGGAAGGAAGACACUCCGUCAUUGCUUGGUCUUUGUGGCUCUCUUACUUCAGUAGCAAGCUACAAAUCGCUCACAAGUCUUAAAUCAAGUGAAUAUCUUGCAAGUCCCACAACAGAGAUGACAAGUCCAGGCUUAACACCAUCUUGAGAUAAGCACAAAAAGAAAGAACUUUGUGUUAUAGGCAUUUGGUUUAUGUUCCAUAAAAUGACUUGCAAUGAAGAUUGCUAGUUCUAAGUUAAAAAAUAAGCUGCUUUAUUUUUUCUUUUCAUGGUUACCUGUUUAAUUCAUGAAGUCUGUCAGUUUCAUUCCCUUUUUCCCCCCAGAGGACUUUUCAAAUUUUCUGUUUUAGUCUUGAAUUAUUUAAAGCUCUUGGUCAGGUAAAGGACACGUAAGUCAAUAUUUAGUGACUGAUUUUUAAAACGAAACAGUUGAAAAUCAGUCCCAUACUUAACUGCCAUGACCUUUGUUUCCCCUUGCAAGGGCCUGGCCCUACCGUAGCCACGGUUCUUCUCUGCAGUGCUUUAAACAUCUACCAACUCUUGCAGAAUAGACAGGGAAUCCUUAAGGCCAGUCUUUGCAGGCAAGUAAAUAUUUUACCUAAACCCCAGCUUUUCAUCUGUGUAUGUUGCAUAGGGCCUCAGAUAGAAUACUUAACCUAUCAACAGCUCUUCUCAAGUUGACUCAGUGUUAGACUUUACAUUCCUGUCAGCAUCGUGGCACUUAGGAGAAGUCCGAAUCACACUGAAGAAUCACACUGAAACACACUUACUAAUGCUUGAAGUUGCAUGUGACUAACAAAUGUAAGUUGAUAAUUUAAAUCAAGCAUACUUAGCAAUUUGUAGAUGUUGAGGAAACUCACUAAAUGCCUUUGAGUGACCUGAGUUACAGAUAAUGAAACAUUAUAUGAGAAAUUUCUUGGUUUAUUUGCCUUGCUAGAAAGAUGGGGACUAAGGAUGGUGGGGUUGGCACCUUGGGAAGUGUGGAUUGUGUCUUGAUUGACAAGAUCCCAAGGAGAGUGAAAAAGGGGAAACAAAGACAAUGCAAUGACAGGAUUCUCAUGUUAAAGAUUUUUCUCAUUACUGUAGUAGUGCAAUAGGUAUUUUUCUUGAUUAGGUAACACAACAGAACUUAUUUAAGUCAGUCUUCUCAAAUUACUUGCCAUUGAUUUAAAUUACUGAUAGGAAAAAAAAAAGAGACUUUUUAAAGUGAAAUUAACUUUCCAGAUUACCCUACAAAGUUUGCAAAUUAAGUUUUGAAUUGCAAACUGUAUUCUUAAUUCUUUGUAAGAGACAAUGGAUCCUUUAUCUAUGAAUUUUGCUAAUCAAGGUAAUGCUUAUCAGUAUGAUUAGUAACUUUUUAAACAAGACUUAAAUGCAUGUAAGUACAUUGUAUUUAUAAAUGCUAGGGAAAAUGCUUUUUUGUGCCAAAGAAGUUUCAUAAAUUGUUUACAUGAGUAGCUGCAAUACAAAACAGAUUUUUAAUUAUUGCUUACUCUUAGAUGUUUACAGUAUGUCACUACACCGUACGGUUUGGGUUGAUUUGCCUCUUGUAAUGGUACCUUGGCACUACUACUAUGAUCUGCUCAUUUUAGGGUGGGCUUGAAAGAAAGGAUCUCCUCUUACCUGUAUUAAAACUAUGGGAAAUGUUGAGCCUUUUAAAGCAUGAGGCUGUGCAUCUCUGGAACUCAAGGCACUGUUGGAUUUAGCUGGAGAAGGUUCAAGAUACAUCUCCUCAGCUCUCUAGUCCACAGUGCUGGUUACUGCGUCCAUGGCAGGUAAACAACUACUGGUGCCAUUUUAAUGCAGAUUUUAAAGCAGCUUUGCAAAAUCUGCCAGACCUUUUCUUUCAAGCCGUCAUCUACCCACCCAGUUAAUUUCUCUGUAAUAAACUCUGAUUAUUAAAUCCUUUCAUACACUGUCAGAAUGUCCAUUACUUCAUGUAACUCUUUGAUUUUGUUGUCACAUUAAGCAGCUGUUCUCUCAUGACAGUUGAGUAACAUUAUUAAAUACUGAUUUGUAAACUAGAGAUGCAUUUUUACUCUGAAUACAAUGAGAGAGUCUGGAUUCCGCAAGUUGACAUUCUACAUCAAGGUACAGUGAUCUAAUCAGUUGUAUUUGCUGUAACCGCUUCUCCCACUACGUCAGUGUUUUGGAGGGGGCUGUAAUCAUGAUCCUCAGUCAUGUUUGCUGAUGGCUCGUUUUUUGGAGCUACUGGUGUGAAAUCCACGUGUCAUUUGACUGAAGUCUUUUAUGUAGUCUGACACCACUGAGUUUCUGGGUGUCACUUUGUGCAUGGGAAAUCAGUUAUGUGUGUCUUUGUCAGUUCUAAACAUUAAUCAUUUUUCAAAAAAAUUGAAAAAAUGCCAAACCUGUAUGUUUUGUUCCCUCGAUGUUCCAUAGAUGCUGCAUGUAAAUUAAACAUUUUGUAUCAUCACUAA